AUGGCCAGAUUCACUCAGACUGAAACAAGAAGGCAGCAGCACCAUCCUCAGCAGCCCCAUCAGCCCGCUCACUCCAGCCUGGUUUUCACCGGACCGGGGGCAUCACCGACCCAGCCACCACUCCUCCUGAUCCCUCAUCAGCACCAGUACCCUCAGUUCACAUUUCCGAAACCCAUGAACGGGUCAGAACCCAUAUCAAUUCAUCCGGAGAGCGGCAACAUGAAAGACCAAGAUGCCAUUAAGCUGUUUAUCGGGCAGAUACCGCGGAACUUGGAGGAAAAGGACCUGAAGCCGCUGUUUGAACAGUUUGGGAAAAUCCACGAACUGACAGUUCUCAAGGACCGAUACACCGGCAUGCACAAAGGUUGUGCUUUCCUCACCUACUGCGCCAGAGAGUCGGCCAUCAAAGCCCAGAAUGCCCUCCAUGAACAGAAAACACUGCCAGGGAUGACUCGGCCCAUCCAGGUGAAACCGGCUGACAGCGAGAGCCGCGGAGGUAAAGACAGGAAGCUGUUUGUCGGGAUGCUGAACAAACAACAAACCGAGGAGGAUGUUUACCGCCUCUUCGAACCCUAUGGAGUCAUUGAGGAGUGCACGGUCCUAAGAGGCCCCGAUGGAAAUAGCAAAGGUUGCGCCUUUGUCAAGUUCUCCACACAUACUGAGGCUCAGUCUGCAAUCAGCGCCCUCCAUGGCAGCCAGACCAUGCCAGGUGCUUCCUCCAGCUUGGUGGUCAAGUUUGCCGACACAGACAAGGAGCGCACCAUCAGACGUAUGCAGCAGAUGGUUGGGCAGUUUGGCAUCUUCAACCCAGCCAUCGCCCUCCCCUUCAGCACCUACAGCUCUUACGCACAUGCGCUCAUGCAGCAGCAGGCCGCCAUCAUGGCAGCAAGCCACGGAGGUUACCUCACGCCCAGCUUGGCUUAUCCCGCCACACAGAUCCACCAGAUGGGGGCGCUCAACAUCAACAGCCUCCCACCCACUUCCAUGACCUCGAAGACGGGCGCACAUUCUCCACCAGCCAACAUCACCACCUCCGCCGUGCCCAGCCUGGUCACGCCCCUCGUCAACGGAUUCACCGGUAUCCCCCAUCAGCCCAACGGACAUCCUGCCGUGGAGGCCAUGUACACCAAUGGCCUGCCGCCCUACUCCACCCAGAGCCCCACCGCUGCGGACACCCUCCAGCAAGCCUUCACCGGAGUACAGCAAUACACAGCGAUCUACCCGACCACCACACUGACUCCCAUUGGCCAGACACUGCCCCAACAACCCCAGGUCAUCCAGCAGCAGCAGCAGAGAGAAGGUCCCGAGGGCUGUAACCUGUUCAUCUACCACCUGCCACAAGAGUUUGGAGACAAUGAACUCAUGCAGAUGUUUUUGCCCUUCGGCUCCGUCAUCUCCUCUAAGGUCUUCAUGGAUAGGGCAACCAACCAGAGCAAGUGUUUCGGUUUUGUGAGCUUCGACAACCCUGCUAGUGCACAGGCAGCUAUUCAAGCGAUGAAUGGCUUUCAGAUCGGGAUGAAGAGGUUGAAAGUUCAGCUAAAGAGACCGAAGGAUGCCAGCCGCCCUUACUGA